CAAUUCAUCGCAAAACUCUCAUCUCCAAGUACCACUGACAUAACGCCAGCGGAAUGGCUGUCACUCCGGCAAAUCAGAGCCAAUGGCUCAUUGCGGCGAUUUCGAGGUUCCUGAAGAAAAGAAGAAGAGAAAGCCACGACGGCUCGCGAGAAGUUUUCGGGUGCGCUGUGGGCUGGUUUACUAAGCCGACGUCUCUGAUUGGCUCUCGGCAAUGGCAGGAAACAGCCGAGCCGGGAGCUAUCAGAAGGAUGGUUGCGUGAACGAACAGCGACGACAUCACCACCAUCACACCACCUCUCCGCUCUUCCACCGUUCAAUUGAUCCUGGCUGAUCAUCAUGUCCUCCAUGCGUGUGUUUCAACUCGGCCUGCGACGGGCUGCUGCCCCAGCGUUCAGGGGAAACUUCGCGGGGCGCAUGGUGCAACGGAGACUUGCAAACUCCCAAAGCGCCAGCCAAUCCUCGGCUGAGGAGAUCCUCGUAAAACAGCGUGUCAACCGUCCCGUCUCCCCGCAUCUCACCAUCUACCGACCCCAAAUCACCUGGUACGGUUCCAUGUUCAACCGUUUGACCGGCAUCAUUCUCAGCGGUGGUCUCUACGUAUUCGGCUUUGCUUAUCUCGCUGCACCCACUCUUGGCUGGCAUUUGGAGUCUCAAUCGCUCAUCGCUACUGUCGCGGGAUGGUCGGCGUUCACAAAGGCUUCUGCCAAAUUCGCCGUCGCUAUGCCUUUCUUCUACCACUCUUUGAACGGCGUACGUCACUUGGUCUGGGAUAUGGGUCGGGCUAUGACCAACAAGGCGGUGAUGCAGACUGGAUGGGGUGUUGUUGGUGCUUCGGUUGCGGCAUCGAUCUACUAUGGUUUCUUUGUUUAAAGAUGGGGUCACGGGAAGGAUAUCGGAUACGAUAGGCCAUGAAUUCGACAAGAGAUGAGCGGUGGUGGGCUGUGGUGGGCUGAGGAUUUUGAAGAAUUCAAAAUAAGAUUGUGUUUUGGAGUAUGGUGUGUCGUGUAUAUAUUCCGUUUGUUUGUUUAAACACCA